AUGAAUUCCAAUGACGCAAAAGACGAAAAUCAACGUUUGUUGGAGGAACUACUUUCUGCAGAAUCCAGCCAUAUGACAACUAUGGGAGGACAUAGUAAUGUCUUAACUAAUGAAUUCUUGGCUGCUACUGAAUUCGCUCCAUUUUCAAGCACCACUGUCAAAAAUGAAAUGGAAUCUCCAUAUGGUCACGAUAUUCCUGCUAAUAGACACGAAAAAUUGUCGUACAUGAAUGAACAUGGGCUCUCUUACGGCUCUGCUCCGCAGCAUCAGCAUAGUACUAAUAAUAGCAAUAAUAACAAUAAUACUACCACUGCCGGUAAUGGAAUGGCAUCGUUUUUAGAUGAUAUGUUCACUAAUGAAAGCUUCACAAAUCCACCACACAAUACCAAAUCAAUAUCAUACGAUCAAAUAAAUACAGAAGCAUCAAGUUUACUGUCACAAAGCUUCAAUGAACCUUUGCCUCCAGAACUUCUAUUCCAUCCAAAUGAUACAGAAAUUUCAUUCGACGACAUUUCAUCUUCCAUCAGUUCCAGUCUAAAUUCAGAACUAUUAACUCCUUCAAUGGGAUCCUUCAUGUCUCCUUCAAAUUCAGUACUACGAUCAGGCUCUCUAAGAGGUCAAAACAACACUCCGAAAUCAAGACAUCUAUCAGUAACUAAUAUUGAAAGUGCAAGUGCCCCCAAAUCAUCUUUAUCUAAUGAAGAAAGAUUAAGGCGUAAGAGAGAUUUCCAUAAUGCUGUCGAAAGAAGGAGAAGAGAACUAAUAAAACAAAAGAUUAAAGAAUUGGGAUCCCUUGUACCACCAACUUUAUUAUGUUUUAAUGAAAGUGGAAAACAAGUCAAACCAAAUAAAGGAAUAAUACUGAACAAAACUGUAGAAUAUAUUCAGUUCCUGUUGAAUGUUAUGACUGUCCAAGAUGAUAAAAGAUCUAAGUUAAAUGAAAAAAUUGAUGAAUUGGAACGUGGUACUUCACAACACGAAACUUUCGUGAAAAUGGAAUCCAAUUUUAAUGAUAUCCCCGAUGGUACCAGAAUUAUUGAUACAAGAACUUUUGCUCGUAAUGACUAUGCCUUUGAUCAUUUUCUUCAUGGUCAAGCCGAUGACAAACUAAUGUUUAACAACAAUGACGAAACUCCAACUAGUCAUACUCUAGAAUUUGAUACAUGA